AUGGGUUGCUUGCAGGCCUCUGGACAUCAAGUGGAAAAGACACCGCGACAAGACAUGCCUUCAGGUGGAGCAUCAUCUCCCCCCAAGUACGGUGGUCGCGAUGCCGAUCCGGACAAGCCCAUCGUGAUGGGGAAGUACAAGAUGAGCAUGAACAAAUCAGAUCUCCUGGGAGAGGGAUCCUCUUCCAUAUGCCGCAAGGGCGUCGACAUGGAGACGGGCCAGGAAGUGGCAAUCAAAGUCUACAAGCUUGCCACGAAAUCGGUGAACAGCUCCGAGGAGAUCCGCCUCCAGAAGUUCAAGCGCCAGAUCCAAGUGCUGAAGAUGCUCCAGGAAGCCUUCGUGGUGCCCAAGGAUCAGACACUCUGGCAUCCUGAUCUUGCGAAAGCGACACCGUCCAAGCUCUUCAUGAUGCUGUUGGACUACUCGAAGGACGACAAGGGCGAGCCCUCCCCAGAUCCCACAGACGGCGUGAUGUACGUCAUCACAGAGGUUGCGCAGUACAGCUUGAAGGACUACUUCGCGCUAAAGAGGGAGAAGAACAAGCCGCUGUCCCGCGAGUCGAUCAAGGCCUGCGCUCGCGCCAUCCUCCUCGUAGUAGCCGGGCUCCAUGCGAAGGGUCUCGUCCACUUGGACUUGAAGCCCGAGAACUUGAUGAUGUUUAACGGGCGGUUGAAGCUCAUCGAUGUGGACGGCUGCGUUCCCAUCGACAGUGAAGUCUCUAUCAACGACUCGUCCAUCUCUUUCUCGCCGUGCUACUGCGCGCCAGAGUGGGCCAGGUUCUUGAUCGAUGAGGCUGAGUCCAAGAUCAUCGCCAAGCCCCACCUGGACGUUUGGAGCAUUGGCAUCACGCUUUGCGAGCUCGUGACGCUGGAUGCGAUUUUGAAGCCCAUGUACGGCAACUUCCUUCGCAACGGGCACUCGCACCGGGAAGCAGGUUUCCUCUUCAUGGACUGGCUUGGCCACAUCACGCGUGCGCCGGUUCCCAAGAGCAUCGAGCGAUUCGACCGCGACUUCCACAAGCUUAUUGUGGAGUCCCUUCUGGUCUGCGACCUCACGAAGAGGAAGUCGCUGGCCCAGUGCCUCUCCGACCCAUACGUCGUGGAGUCCGGGAAAGCUGAGUCGACAGAGCUGGAAGGUGGCGAGAAGGUUGUUCGACAGGCUCGGCAGCGCUUCGAGGACACCUCCAGCAAGGCUCCGCUCUACAAGGGCACCUUGUGGAAGCUCAACACAGAUGGCAAGGCAGAAGAUGCCACGCACUGGCUCAAGCGAGACAUGUGGGUCGCCUGCGACGGCUCUCUGUGCUACUUCAGCAUCAAGGAGAACAAGCGCUUGGUUCUCCUGGAUGGUAUCAAAAUCUCGGGUGCCAAGGUCACCACGCUGCCAAACGCUGCGCGCGAGUUUGCUUUCCGGCUCGACUGUGUCAACAGCGACGACCACGAGAAGGAUAUCUCCAUGUGCUUCUCCGCUGAGUCCGAGCAGGAGUACCAGAAGUGGCGGUCCCUGCUGUCGCAAGCCUCCAACCUGGAAGGUGCCAUGCAGACCAUCCGCUUGGGUGGCGCAGUGGCCGAUGAGCUGAAGCAGUUCAGGCUCGCGGUGAAGAACCGCCGAAUGAAGGUUGGUGAGGACACGAAGGACCAGUUUGCCCCCAUCUUCAAGGCGAAGCUGUGGAAGGUCAAAGCAGAAGGCGACCGCAAGAAGGUCGAUGACUGGUUUGAGCGCGAGAUGUGGAUCGCCAAGAACGGCAGCCUGGUCUACUGGAGCAAGAAGGAAGACCGAGAGCUGGUGUACUACACAGCGAACGACAUUGCGCAAGCGAAGUUUGUGCUGAUCGACAACGAGGACACUUUUCACCCGUGGGCGUUCCAGGUGCAGCUGGCGUCCUCCGGAGGCAUCGAGUUUGCACCCGGUGAGUUCGCUGCUGAGUCAGAGGCCAGCCGUGAUCGAUGGAUCUCCGAACUGGCGCAGUUCAAGCACGCCUAA